AUGGCCCAAAAACCCACCUCCACCUCCACCACCACCCCUCCCCCCCCCUCCUCCUCCUCCCUCAGCCUGCGCCAAUCGCUCCUUCUAGCGCAAGCCGUCAACGCGCUCGGCACGACCUCGUGGGACGCCGUUUCCCAACUCGUCGUCGCGUCCCCCUUUGUGCAUCAAACGACGACGACGACGACGAGUUCGACUAUUCCGGAUGAGUUGACCCAGGGAGAAGGGUGUAGGACCGCUUGGGAGAGGUUGGCGAAAGAGGCCGAGGUCGGAGAGGAGGUUCGGUAGGUGUUCAGGGGGCUUCCUGUUCUAUGAGGUGUAGGAGCACACUCGACCCGGUCACUUUUUUUUGGGCAGAUCCAAAUCGACCCCUUGGCCACCCAAAGGCAAGUCUUCCCUCCCGCCCUACUCUACUCUAUGCACGCUCCUCCCCCCUCCCCCCUCCUGACCCAUAACCCAUAACCCAUAACCCAUAACCCAUCCCUCUCCCCAUCCCACAGCUCGACCUCUGCGCAAGAUCGUGCGCAAGCUCUUUUCCGCAUUAUUGCAUACGACCCACGCCGCGAUCACUUCGAGUUUGGCACAGGAAGCGUAAGUUGACUCUCAACGCUCCACCCUCUCUUGUGCGCUUUCAUUCACGUGCCCCGAGCGUUAAAUCCCACGUCCACAAACUAGGAAUUGCAAGAAGCAGAUUCAAGCGAUUCGAUCGGGGAAGCAAAAGGAGCAGAUUUUGGAAGAUCUAUCACCGAGGACCAAGGAGAGGUAUUUGAGCGGUUUGAGGGCGCAGGCGAAGAAGGACGAAGAGGAGAAGGACACGACCAAUGUGAAGGCCAUCAAGAAAGCACAGGCGGUCAAGAAGGAGGAGGUCGAGGUGAAAAGGGGUGAAGCGGAGGAGGAGGAGGAAGAAGAGGAGGAGGAGGAGGAAGAAGAGGAGGAGGAGGGAGAGAAGGAAGGAGGAGACUUGACGGAUGAUUCGACGGCGACGACCAAGAAACGACCCGUGGGAAGACCUAAAGGAUCCAAAUCGAACGCUGCUCCCACCACGACUGUGAAAGAAACGACGACAUCAGCAACGACUGCGACGACGAGGAAAUCGACCCGAGCUCAGGGCAAAGCCACCACGACCACACACGAAGAUUCUCCCGAACCGACCGCGAAUGAAGGCGAAGGCGAAGUCGAAGAGGAGGAACAAACGCCCGCACCAGAGGAGGAAGACGACGACAACGAAGAAGGUGACGAGGAAGGAGACGAAGGUUCGACAAGGUCGACGAGAAAAGGAUCGAGUAGAAAAACCAAAGGUGCUGCUGCUGCUUCGGCGGCGGCGGCCGGGGUCAAGAGGAGUCGGAGAAAGACGAGUGAGAUGGCGGCGAGUCCUGGGCCGAGUGAGGAUAGCAGGAGUAAAAAGAGGGUCAAGGGGGAGAAUGAGGUCGAGAGUGGCAGUGGUUAGUUUGCUGUGCUUGAUGAGGUGCUCGACGAACGUGGGCAUUGAUGUUUCGCCCCCGCUCGCUCUUAACAGACACGAAAGCCUUCCGCAAAUCAAUGAACAUGCUCCUCGACAACCUCACCAACGAAGGCUACACCCACCCUUUCAAAGACCCCGUCCUCAAACGCGAUGCCAAAACCUACUACAGCGCGAUCAAACGACCCUUAUCGAUUCAAGAGAUUAGGAAAAAGCUGCGGUCGCCGGAUGGGUAUACGAACGCGAGUCAGGUCGCGAGGGAUGUGGCGCUGGUUUGUGCGAAUGCGAGACAGUUCAAUCCAAGUGCGAACAAGGAUCCGGAUGACUUGGCCGGGCAGGCCGAACGAACGUGGAGGAAGACGGAGGAGUGAGUUCAUGCGGGUCGUCUGGUUCGGUCGAGAUUGAAAGCUGACGUUUUGCGGUGUGGGGUGCAGAUUGAUGCAGCUUCACAUGAGCAACAAUUCGUAA